GACGUAGACAGCACCCAAUUAUCAGGAAGUAGACUUUUUGUCUGUCAGUAUUUUUAUCGAUUGAACAACAUUUCAGGAUGAAAGUCUACGACCUUGUAGCAGCAUUGCUUAGUGUUGCGGAAAAAGGUGCAAACAUAGCACGAAUUAUUCGUUCAGAAUCUUCAUUACUGGAGCUGCUUGUACAGGAGAAGAAGGGAAAACAGAAGAACGAGAGGUUUCUUCAAGACUUUAAAACGCUGGCUGAUGUUCUUGUACAGGAAUUGGUCAAAUUUGAUCUCAAAACUAAGUUUCCAGGAAUGGCGGACAGCAUUCAUGGAGAGGAAAGCACAAAGUUUACCAACACACUAGGGGACACCGUGAGGGUAGAGAUUCAAGACACACCAGAGGAGACCCAGAAUUUGCUCAGGCAAGUCUUAGAUGAAAAUGACACAGCGGCCAGGAUUUUGUCCAAGGCUAUUCAUAUACAGACUGCUGUCAAGGACGCUGGGUUGUUUGCUGAUCAACUUGACCAUGACCUCAUAGUUGAUGACCUUGGAGUCUGGAUUGACCCAAUUGAUUCUACAGGGCAGUACAUACAGGGUGACAUUGGCCAAGAAGAAGCUGGGCUCGUAACGGAGGGCCUACAGUGUGUUUCUGUUCUUAUCGGCGUCUACAGCAAAUCCACAGGACUCCCAAUCAUUGGCGUCAUUAACCAGCCUUUUGCCUGUCUAAACGAUGAUGGAGUAUGGACAGGCUCAGCAGUAUGGGGUGUCAGUAUUGCAGAUCUCAAUUUAAACUCACUUGCCUUAGAAUCCUCGUCAACGAGCGUCCCACCGCAGCCAGAUUCAGACAUUUCAGCGAAACAGACCAUCCUUAUUAGCUCCAUUGAAUCGCAGAACAUUCAAGACAUUCUUGCCAAGAAUUAUAAUUUAAGACACAUAUCUGGCGCAGGAAACAAGUUGCUUGGUUUAAGUUUAGGCAAGGCAGCAGGAUACGUGUUAACACAAAACACCAUUUUCAAAUGGGACUGCUGUGGUCCACAUGCCAUCUUAAGGUCACUGGGAGGUGGAAUUGUUGCAUUUACUGACUUUGAAAGGUUCAGUGUGUCUGAAGAGAUUGAUGUUUGCUUGUUGCCUCAGAUUAUGUAUAAUAGGCCGGACGUUGAAGGUGCAGUAGGGGCACAGAAAUGGUGCAACCACGGAGGGAUUGUGGCUUACACAUCACCCACAUUUCUGAAAGAACUUGUUUCAUUAUUUAGACCUAAAACAUAGAUUGCUUGUCAAAGAGCAAGUAGGAAUUAGAGUUAUCCCUGUCUGUUUUGUUUACAUUCAAUGUAGCAAAGACAUAAAAGGACACAACAGGAAUUAUGUGGAUUGUUUUAGACCAAAUAGGAUAUAUCUAUUGUUGAUUUGUUUGUUUGUUUUAAAUCAGUUAGGACUUUAAUUGUUUUAGAUAUCAUGUUGUGUUGACAUAUGCUGGCCCUAGAUUGUUUAAUGAUCAUAGGUCUUUGCUUGUGAUAAAGUGAUACUCGUAUUUAAAGUCAAUACAUUCACAUGUAAAACAAACAUAAGUUUUGAGUGAUAAACCUUUAACUGCUUACUAAAGUGUCUUUAAAGAGACAGGAGGAAAUGCACUGUUUCUUUGGAAGCAAUUGGACACACACGGUUUUAUUUAUUACAUUAAGGUUGCCUUGUUAAUAAACAAGUAGAACAUCAGUACUCCAGUAUGAUUUUAAGAAAGGUAGGCUACUAGGUCAGAAAGGGCACUGUUUAUGCGCAUCGAAUGAGCCUUAACGGCCCUUUGCAAGGGCUAAAUCCGCUAAUGUUCAAUUCUUAUUGUGUAUGUGUUGUAACUUCUUUCAAUACUAAUAGUUUGCUAGGAAUACCUUAGUGUUCAUCAUUACUUCAGUGUUAGAAUAAUGUUGAUUUAUUAUUUUUAUACUUGUUUCUGAAAAUUGACUCAUAGUUUGUUCUGUUUUCUGUUGUUUCUUAAAAAAAAUGUUGAAAGAUGUGAACAAAAAAUCAGGGCCAGUAUUCAUUAAACCUUUUAACUCAUUUCAUAACUUUCUCCAUCUUUUUAAGUUAAGUUAUAUAUAUUUGUUUGACCCAGAAAUGAAUAUCCAGUUAUAAGUAAGUAUAUCUAAUAUGCUCUGGUCAAGUUUUACAUACAACAGGCAAAAGAUGAUGAGUGGUCGGUCAGAUUGAAAUGAAAACAAGCUACUAAAGAAAACAAAAACUUAUAGUCUUAUUAUCAAUAUCUUGCCUGUUGGUGAUUAUAUUUAUUAGUGUCAACAGGCAAUUUGUUAAGUGUAUUUUGAAUUGCUUGUAAUUUGCAUGUACAUGUAUACAUUUAUACAGAGAAUGUUUAUUGAGGUGAACAUAUAACACCAGGCUCAGUUUCUCAAACAAUCUUUAUUCUUUGCAGACAAUUUGGUAUUAAGUAAAAACAUAAUCCUUUCAGUGUGUUUACUGAGGCUAAAUAGCAUCUAGAUUGGGAUUAAUCAUGAUCAAUUAAUUUCUUUAAUGUUAAGUCGUUAAAGUAUUUUUUUGCUAAUAGAAUUAAGAUUCUAAAGCUUUUUAAAAGAUUUACAAUAUAUUUAUGUGUUCAGUGCAUGUUUUUUUUAUAAUUUAUUUAUAUUUAUUUUAUUAACUUUUCAUGUUAUUUUAUUAUAGUAUAAUGUACAUUCAGUUUUAAAUAAUUCAUCACUUAAAAACUAUGAAAACUAAAGGAUCAUUGUUAACAAUUGUAAAUUCAAUGUUGAUGUAUGUCAUUUAUUGUAAAAUUGUUCUUCUUAUUCAAAUGCAUUUGUUGUAGUUGUUGUUAUUAAAGAAUGUAUAAUUCCUCCUUUCAGCUCGAGAAUUCCCCUUUAAUACUGCAUGGGGGUUACAAAUGGUCUAGCCAUAAUGCACCAAACAAGGGCAGGCAGACCUUGAAGAACUUCAAGCAUCACCAGCAGAAUAAGUAAACUUAUCUGGCUGGUGAGACGAAAUAUUCCUUCACACAAGUAUUACCACCUGUCUAGUUUAAACCAUGUGUCUAAUAUAAUGAUUCUUAUUUUUCAAUUUUGUUUAGUUUUAUAAUGCGAUGACUUGCCUUUGAGGUUUGAUGUGUAAAGAGAGGCAAUUGUACCCAUUUAUUUUAAUGCAAUUCCACAUGAAUCCGUCACAAAACUUCAUGUUUGGCAGUAUAGUCUGUCAAACAAGUCUUUUGUCUUUUUUUAUGCCCUUGAAGGGCAGCAUAAAGUAAUCAGCCCAUCCAUUCACACGGCUUCUAACCAAUAAACAAGUGUGACUUAAAACUUGGUAGACAGGUUGGUCAUUACCAGUAAAUGAACCCUAUUGAUUUUGUCAGUGGGUGACCUUGAGCUGAAAAUCUGUUUCCGAUCAAUAAUGGAAAAACUCCUAGCUAACGGACCUCAACACUUGAACACUACCAGUGGAUGACCCCUCUUAAUAAUUGAUACCAGGAUUUCAAAUUAGUGAAAAUAACCUACUUCAUUUUCUAAAAAAACAACAGUACUAGUAAUAAUGUUCCUUAUUCUCUUUGUGUUUUUAUAUACCAUGUUUUUGUUUUCAAGAUUUUUAUUAAAUUUGAAUCCUGACAAAUUGGUGUUCACAUACAUACAUGCUUAAUAAUACCAAACACUCAUUUAAAGGUACAACAGACACACAUUAACUGCUACUCCAGUUGUCAAUGAUAACUUUCAAAGAUGGAAUAAAAAUGUGUUUAUACUUUCCUCUUUAAAAAUGUAACAGAUAAAUAUUUUUCAAUACUGCUUGGGAAGAUCAUUCUGAAAAUAUUUUGUUUACUCAAUGGUACUUUUGGGGGCAUUUGUCACAUUCCUGUGACACAUCUUGUUUUUAAUGAUAAAAACACACCCAAUAAGCCUUGAUCAGGUCAAAUUGCCAAUUGAAAGAUAAGUUUCAAAAGAGGAGGUUUUUUUGUCUGGGAAAAGAGCGUGUCCAUCUCACUUAUAAAAAUGCCAUGACAAACUGACUUUGUACUUGCCCAUGUUCACUCAGUUCAUAACUCCAGAUGAAAAUCAACAAUGGUCAUUUACUGAUGAGGGAGCAAUAAAUCAUUUAGACUGAGUAACGUGUACUUUAAUCAUUUUAUCAUAUUUUGAAAAAAAUAGUUGUGUAAGCGAUUGUAACAUUUGAACAUAAUAUGAUAAUUUUACCAAUGUUGUUAAUCAUGUUGUUAACUUUAACAAAAUUCUGAACACUUGGCCCAAACAUGAGGUAUGUGAUUACGUAACACAAAUCCCAAACACUGACCAAAACUGGCACCUGUGUUGGGUACUUGUUAACACAGAUUGUUUUGUCACAAGAUUACUGGUAAUGUUUGGUAUUCCGACACUUGGUUAGUCACCAACACUGCCCUAUAAUAUUAUGAAAAUUAUGAGUUUGGAAGUAUAAAGCUUGUGACGGUCUUAUUUUUUGUCAAUGGUGUAUGAUUUUUUAAAGCUUUCGUCCAUUUGUUAAGAAAUUAGAAUUUAAUCAUUGUGAUGUUUAUAUCUUUCUUCAGAAAUAAGACAUAUAUUUUAUUGUAAAGUUUAAAAUUAUCGCCUUUUGUUGUUGGACUAAUAUUAACAGCUAAUUAAUUUUUUUGCUGUGUUCUGUUUUCAGAAUUAAACAUUAGAAAAAUGAAUUGAUGAGAGCUGUUAUUAAUCAAGAAUUGUGACAAUCACUUAUUAUCCUUUUAAUAACCAGUAGGUAUCAUGUUCAAACUCGAUAUAUUAAAUAUUGCUUAGUCAUGUAUUAUUACUUUGUUAUUAUUAUUUUUGAUCUUGUAGUAUUUUAAGACAUUUUGUUUUAUUGUUAUCGUUGUACAAUAUAUUAAAAUACCUAAGAUACCAGU